GUCAGAGAGCAUACCGAAGAGCAACAAAAUGAGAAUCGCAGUGUAACAAUCGCCUCGCGCAGCCAACCGUCUGGUUCCCCCACACAGUCCACACAUUUCGGCCUUCAAAAUUCCAGUGAAACACAUCUGAAAAAUGAAAAUGGCAGUAAUAAUUUCGACCAUGAAAUUUGCAACGUGAAAAAAUGGGAAAGCAUGACAGGGAAACUGAGACACAGCAGAAGUAGUACAUUUGUCAGCAGAAGAUCCUGGGUACGUAGCAAUGAAGCUAGUGUGCAGCAUCCGUGGAAGAUGAUAGAGCCGGGAAAUUCUGGGCAGGACGAAUGAUACGUGAAAGAGGCAGAGACCAACAGAGGCACUGACAUCUGCCGAACAGGGCUUUGUUAACAUCAGAAGGCCAACAGACGCGUACGUAGCUGCAUAACAACAGGAGGCGUCUGAGCAACGAAGAAACAGCAGAAGCAGAAAAACCAGAUCUCGAAGAUAGAAAAUUAGUAUCCUGACACCAUGGCCGAAGUGGAAGAGCCACCACCGGCAGACGUGGGCGAUGUUGCGAAGCCCGAAGAUGGCGAACCUGAGGCUGCAGAAGAAGAAGAAGAAGAAGGAGCGGAAGAAGCCGCCGAUCUGGCAGAAGCAGAGGAGGAGCCCGAAGGCGAGCUGGUGGGCGUGCAGAUGCAGCGGACGAAGCCGACCAAGGCGUACAAGGAGAAGAAGAAGCCCAAGGCGCUGAAGACGAAGAAGCCGCCCAAGCCGAAGCCGGCGUCGUACGUGUGGCUGCCGCGGCCGCUGCCCAGCAAGGUGCCCUCCUUCAGCCCCUGCCCGCACCUCUACUUCCGCAGGCCCGUGGCCCCGCGAGACGGCCUGACCAGGGACGAGUACAUCGACAUCUUGGCUCAGCCUCGACAGGAACCAUGGCGACAGGAGCCCGACAUGACACUUGUCAAAUUCAAGCGGCGACCUUUUACACCAAGGAUGCAGGAACUUUCACUGCCACGGAGACCGUAUGUGGAGGCGCAAUGCGAAGAGUUGGCGGCAGUUCUCAGCCCGCAGAGGCUGCGGCUGCUGUGGAAGAUGCUCGGACGGCACUUGUCAAUGUCGAGAUCGCGGGCGAUGACAGCGGUGUCCCGUGCAAGGCUCCGAGAGCAACUUGAGAUGCGGGAGCAGUGCCGGUGCCGUAUAGAUGGCAGCCGCCGAAGAGGCAAGGGUAAGGGCAAGGGAAAGGGCAAGCGCAAGCGCAAAGGGAAGGGCAGGGACAGAAGGAAACGAAAGGGCAAGGGGCGGCCUAAAGUGGUCACCAGCAAGAAGCCGCCAAGUGGAGCCAGGGCAGCGGGUGCGAGAGCCAACGAGAAGUGGAGCAGGGAAUUUGCGGCCAAGUUUGCAGCGCACAUCUCACGUUUCCUGAGCUCGCAGGUGGGGGCAGGCCGGCCGCAGACACAGCGCGGACGCCAACUGGCGAAGGCCAUCCUGCAGCGACUGGCAGCUGCUGCAGGCAAGCCACCCAAGAAGCCCGAUGAGCGUCAGCGCGUCGCCAAGCUGCUCGUUGCGCUCUCUGAGCGUCUUGCUGUCUGGGUCGACCUCGUCGUCAAAGACGCGCAGAGCAUCUCAGGCUCCUCCUCUGAGUCCAGUGAGGAAGAAUCUGAGGACGAGAAACCCAUCAAGAAAGGCAAGAAGCCAGGGAAAAAAGAACCAGCGAAGGGAAAGGCCAAGCCAGCGGAGAAACCGAAAGAGAAAGGUAAGGCUAAACCAAAAGGGAAAGCAGAGCAGAAAGAGGAGGACGAAGAAGAAGAAGAAUCUGAUGAGGGGGUAUCUAAGAAGAAAGGUAAGGCAAAAGAGAAAGCAAAAGAGAAGGGGAAGGCCAAGCCAAAAGAGAAAGCCAAGCAGAAAGAGGAGGAAGAAGAACCUGAAGAGGAGGUAACAACAAAGAAAGGCAAGAAAGGAAAGGAAGCAAAGCCUACAGCGAAGAAAAAGAAAGAUAAGAAAGAAGAGGAACUGGAAGAAGAAUCAGAGGAGGAAGUGGAAGUAAAAGAGAAGAAAGGGAAGAAGAAGAAAGGUGCUGGAGACGAAGAAGACGAAGCAGAAGGUAAAAAAGCAAAGAAGAAAAAGAAAGUUGCAGAGGAAGGGGAAGAAGAAGAGGAAGAUAAGAAAGGUAAAAAGAAGAAGAAAGGUGUUGAAGAUGAGGGAGAAGAAGUCGAGGAUAAGAAAGAGAAGAAGAAGAAGAAGAAAGGUGCAGAAGAAGAGACAGAAGAAGUGCAAGAAAAGAAAGGAAAAAAGAAGAAGAAAGCUGAAGAAGAAGAAGAAGAAGUAGAAGAAGAAGAAGAGAAAGAUAAGAAAGGGAAAAAGAAGAAAAAAGGUGCAGAAGAAGAGGUAGAAGAACAGGAAGAUAAGAAAGCAAAAAAGAAGAAGAAAGGCACAGAUGAAGACAUAGUAGAAGUGGAAGAUAAGAAAGGGAAAAGUAAGCAGAAAGUUAUAGAAAAAGAUGUAGGAACAGAUGCUAAGAAAGGAAAGAAGAAAGAUAAAGGUGCAGAGGAAGUGGAAGCAGAAGAUAAGAAAGGGAAACAGGCAAAGAAAACCAAAAGUGAAGAACCAGUGGAUGAUGAAGGCCAACAGCAGGAAACUGCAGAAGAACCAGAAGAAGAGCCACCAGACGACCAGCCAGAUGAAACUUCAGACGAACCGGCAGAUGAACCGCCAGAUGGCCCUCAAGAGGGAGAUGCCACUGGACCCCCAAAUGAGCCCCCAGAUGGCCCUCCGGACGAAUCGUCAGAGGGAGAAGAGGGAGAAGGUGGAGAAGAAGGCGAGCCUGGAGAGGAAGGCGAAGAGGAAGAAGGCGAAGAAGGAGAAGAAGAAGAAGAAGAGGAGGGAGAAAUUAUGGAGGGAGAAGGAAAGAGAGAGGGUUCUGAAACUACGUACGUGGUGACAGCAGAAGGAGACGGAUUUAGAGUGGAACCAAUCGAGGAGCCACCUCCUCCAGAACCUGUAGUCGAGAAGCGGGUGUCGGUGCUCAGUGCUCUAGUCUCGCUGUAUCCCCAACAGGCAAUGCCCAAGGUCCCAUUAUGCAAAGUACUGCAAAAGCUCACAUUACGUGCUCCAACUAUGGAUGUUUUGUCCGCUGACGGAGACGGGGAGGACGUGUCGGAAGAUCGUAGAAAGGUGGAGGCGGCAGUAGCACGUAAGCUGCGCCGGAUGGCCGAAUUAGAGGACGGCAUUCCACUGCAGCAGGAGACGCGGGACGCCAUCGUCGCUCUGUCCAAAGCUGUGGCAGCCGACCUGCAGCCAGAACUGGACAUCCCGCAGCCUGAACCACCACCUGUGCUAGAUGCCACUGAAUACACCCAGUGGCUGGACGGCUGUGUCUCACUGGCGCAGGAAUGGGCCCGCUGGAUCGGCGAUUCGGUAGACGCCGUGUGCGACAUAUCUAAACGCAAUGCCGAAGUCCAAGAGGGCGAGGCGGCCGACCUGGAGCGCGCCGAGUGGUGCGCCUUCAUGGAGACGAUGCGUCGCGGAGCCUACAACUGGUGCAAGACUGAGGAGGACAUAGCAGCAGCAGCUGCCGUCUGGAAGGGCCGGCUGGAGGCUGUCCAGCAGCAGGAGGAGGAGUCUGGCUCCGAGGAGGAGAGCGAUGAGGACGAGAGUGGGAGCAGCGAAGAGGACGAGGAGGAUGACGAGGAUGACGAAGAGGAUGAAGAGGAAGAGGAGGACUAAAAUUGCUUUGUGUCUCAGUAACCUAGUCUUGUCAUUACAUGUUUUGAGUGCUCCGCGAAAACUGAAAUAAAUUCCACGAACUUCUCGCUUCUA